AUGGUGGCACAGGUGGGUGUCACAGGUGGGUGGCACAGGGGGUGGCACAGGUGGGUGGCACAGGUGGGUGACACAGGUGGGCGGCACAGGUGGGUGGCACAGGUGGGUGGCACAGGUGGGUGGCACAGGUGGGCGGCACAGGUGGGUGGCACAGGUGGGUGGCACAGGUGGGUGGCACAGGUGGGUGGCACAGGAGCCCUAUUGCGUUCAGGCAUGGGAAGAAGGGGUAAGGCAGGGCUUACCGAGGACCAACCAGGCUUGAGUGCUGCCGCAGCUUCAGCGUCUUCCAGUGCUCCCAUUGGGUUACCACAUGCCACCCUUGCGGCAGAUCUUCAGUUGCAUGGGGAUACAGCACAUGCACGCACUCACCUGGGUGAAGAGCAUCUCAGCCUCGUCCGCUCGUCCCUUCUCAAAAGCUGCAUUGCCGCGACCCUUCAACUCCAGAGCUGCAAGAUUCGUCUCCGCGCUGCCCCCGCGCACUGCCUCUCCAGCAGCCGUGCCGCGUGCGCCGCCGUGCUGCAGUGCCGGAUGAUCGUCUGCGACGGCAGCAGCACCAGAUUGGGGCCUGCUCCGCACCGCCCUAUAGGGCUCAUUCAGAAGCAUGUCACAGCACAGCCUGCUCGCUGCUCGUCCAAGCUUGGCCCAUCGGACGACUCUUUCCCCGAGUCCUCUCAAACCCCGGAUGAUACAUUCUCAGGCGACAAGCUUGGCGAAACACAAGCAGAUUCGCCAAUCGGCAAGCUGUCCAAUCCGAACGAGUCCAACUCCAAGGGUCGUCAACCAGAUGAUUCCAGCGACGCAUCCGUGAGCAAAUACCUCGCCAAGGAGCCUGAACCUGAGGCAAAUCCGUCAGAUGAAUCCGACGAGCCAUCCUCGCGGCCCAGCAGCUUGUCAGACCGCGCCAAGGAGCGCUUGCAACGGAUAGAAGAAGCAGCCGCUGCCGCGAAAUCCGGAAGCGAUCCUUUCAAGGGAAUGGUGGCCGUGGCAGCCCAACGGCUGCAAGACUAUUUCGAUAAGACGAGCCUGGUCGGGGGUGCAGGGGGGUUUGGUCAGGAAGCGGUUGGAUUGAGGGGUGAGGAGGUGGAGGGGGAUGAUGGGAGCGGGGAGACGGCGUGGCAACGGUGGGAGAGGGUGUUUGGAGAGGUGGAGGAGCGAGAAGCCAUGCUGACGAGUCUGCAGUUUCAACUGGACGACCUGGUGGGAGACGAGGACUUCACGGCAGCCGCCAAGCUGCAGGCCGCCAUCCGCGCGGUGGAGGACCAAGACGCCAUGGCUGCCGUUUUCAGAGAGCUCAAGGCGGCAGUGGCGGAGGAGAGGUACGGCGAUGCCAAACACCUUCGCGACGAUGCUGGGGCUGGCCUGGUGAGUGCGAGCAGCACAUGUGACCUGGGAGGGAAAGAACCCAGGCUGGUCUGUUAUCAGGGCAAGGAUCACGGAUCAAACGAGGGCAAGCAGUUCAUAGACUGCCUGAAAGACAUCGUCAGAUGCCAAGGCAAAGACGAAGAAGAUUGCAUUUGGGGUGGUGGGCGGGCCUGGACGAGAGUGGGGUCAGCAGACCCCUUUGGGCGGCUGGUGCACGUGUCACAGCAGCACGGCAAGCUGCUCGCCAAGUCGUACACUGCCAAGCAGCUGUCCGUGGCAGGGCAGGGCAUUCCCAUCUUCGAGGUCUAUGUGGCUCGCAAUGCCGCCAACCCCAAGCGAUACGACCGCCAGUCCCACCCACCCCUCCUCCCUCUCCCUCCGCUGCCUCCUUCCCUCCCUCCUCCCCUUCCUCUGCCUCCUCUGCCUCCUCUCCCCCCCUCGUCUCUCCCACCCGGCGCCGACGAUAGCUUAUCGCGGGUCCUCGAUUUCUUCCGAGAGCGGCUACCAGACGUGAAGCUGCGGGUCUUCCCGGUGGUGUCCCCUGCUGACGUGGGCAGCGCCAGACGUGUGAUAGUAGGAAUUCUAGUGUCAGUGACAGCAGCAACAGCAGCAGCAGCAGCAGCAGCAGCAGCAGCCGAGGAGAAUCAGGCAGGAACGAAGAUUCAGGUGGGCUGGACAGAGAAGGAAGCAGUGGAGGGCAGGGGGGGAGUUGGUGGUGGGCAGGGAGAAGGCGGGGCGGAGCGGAGCGACGGUGAGGAAGGAUCGGAGGAUGCAGAGGGGCGGCAGGGCAUUGCCGUGCGCGUGGUGGUGGGGGGGGUGUUCCCGGGGGAUGGUGCGGGGGAGAGCGUGAGCAAGGUGCCUGCGAGGAUAGAGUGGCGAGGCAAGGACGCGUUCGUGCUCACUGUGGAGGACAGCGAGGGUGACGGGGAUGCAGCUAGCAGCAGCAGCGGCAGCACGGGAACAUCUGCCACUGACCCAGAAGCGUCCCAAUCUCCCUCCUCUUCCCCUUCCUCCUCAUCGCAGUCAGCAGCGGUGGCGGCAGCGGUGAGUGAGCGGCUGGCGUCAGCAGCAACGAGGGCAGCGGCCAACCUGAUGCCGGAGGACGUGGCGAAGCAGCUGUGGGGCGUCGACCGCUUCUCAGGACCCGUAAGACCCUUCCCAACCAUAUCACCCCUCUCCUGCAUUCUAUCCUCGCUCCUCCAUUCCUCCAUCUUUCUGCCGUUUGUGAAUUCUGACGUGCGCAUUAUUCGUCCGGCCUCGGCCCUGUGUGGUUCUCAUCAUCACCAUCCCCAUGGCCAGGAGGUGUUCAAGGACAAGGACGUGGCACAGCUGAUCUAUGCCCUAUGCAUGCUGUACCUGUUUCCCCUUUAUCCGUUGUCCCCUAUCCUGCCCUCACCAUCACCAUCAUCUUGCCAGGAGGUGUUCAAGGACAAGGACGUAGCACAGCUGAUCCGCACGGCAGUGCAGCACGUGCAGAGGAGGCGCUACACGCUGCCCCGCACCACCGCCUUCACCCGCAUCCAUGCCGCCGAUGCCUCCACCGACCCCUUUGCUGGAUUGUACGUGGGUGCGUAUGGUCCGUACACUUCCGAGGCUAUUCAGGUCAGGCGUAGGUUCGGCACGUGGGAGGAGCCAGAGGGGGAAGAGCAGGAGAGCCAGGCUGGGAAGGCAGGGGAGAGGGUUGGGGGGAGGAAGAGGCAGGGCGAGCGGGCACUGGUGCCGCCGUUUGAGUACGUGGAGGGGGUGAAGCUCACAGGCGACUUCAAUGUGCCUGCUGGGAAGGUGUCUUUUCGAGCUAAGAUCGGGCGGCAUUGGCAGAUGCCGUUCCGAGGGGUGUACCCUGAUGAGCUGGGUGUGGUUGCUAGGUACCCUGGCCAGGGUCAGCUGGCAGAGCCAGGUUUCAGAAACCCCCGUUGGGUGGACGGCGAACUGCUUGUUUUCGAUGGAAAG